UUUUGGAUGGAGAACGUAACAAUGGUAACUCCUCUCACACAGCCUAUUGUGUUCGAGUUGGAGGGCUUCGAUGUACCACCAGGCUACGGCGCCUUCCUCUUCUUCCUGGCUCUGUUUAACUACAUGGUCAUGCUGUUGGGGAAUUGCGUGGUGCUGUGCGUCAUUGUCAUUGACAAGAACCUGCACAGACCCAUGUUCGUAAUGGUUUGUAACCUGGUAGUUUGUGAUCUGUUGGGGGCCACAGCGGUGCUGCCUCGCCUCAUGAUACACUUCUUGACGGGCCAGAAGAAAAUCGCCUACAUCCCAGCCAUCGCCCAGGCCUUCUCUGUGCACACGUACGGCGUCGCAGCGCAGACUAUUCUGGGAGUGAUGGCCUAUGACAGGUAUAUUGCUGUGUGUGAACCACUCAGGUAUCACACCAUCAUGACAUCGGCUCGGCUGCACUCCUGCUGCGCCCUGGCCUGGUUCAUCGCUCUGCUGUUAAUUGGUGUGCUCUUCGCCUGGCACGUUGAUACCCCGCUGUGUGGCAAUACCAUCCAACACAUCUACUGCAGCAACCGUGGUAUCCUGAGCCUGGCCUGCAGUCCCACCCCUAUAAACAACAUUUAUGCUCAGAUGGAAAACUAUACAUACAACAGCCUCACUCUUCAGCUCGAGGGGUUAAUUGUCACCAAGACUAACAAGUACCCUGUCUUCCUAUUUCUGCUCUUGGCCUAUGUGUUCAUCUUAAUUGCCAACAUGGGCAUUGUGAUCUUGAUAUUGAUGGAUAGAGGCCUCCAUCAGCCGAUGUAUCUCCUGUUCUGUAACCUGUCGAUAAAUGAUGUCAUGGGAAACUCUCUCCUGGUUCCACGGGUGCUCGCAGACAUCCUGGUGCCCCCCUCUGAGCGCAUUAUUCACUACUAUGAGUGUCUGAUGCAAGCUUUUACCACACAUAUGUUUGGUACCAACGCACACACAGUGCUCAUGAUUAUGGCCUUUGACAGAUAUGUGGCCAUCUGUAAUCCCCUGCGAUAUGCUAUGAUAAUGAACGGCAAAAUGGUGAUCAAGCUGACAGUUUCUGCCUGGGGAGUGUCCUUUGUUUUGGUGGCCAUUCUGCUCAGUCUGACCAUACGACUGAACCGAUGCAGGACUCUGAUCACAAACCCUUUCUGUGAUAAUCCCUCGCUCUAUAAACUCUCCUGUGAGGAUGUGUUCAUCAAUAACGUCUAUGGCCUCGCUUUCACUGUCGUCCUUCUCUCGUCCUCUAUAUGCAGUAUAAUUCUCACAUAUUCUAAAAUCACAGCAGCCUGUCUGACUAGUCAUAGCAAAUCUUUGAACAGUAAAGCCUUGAAGACCUGCAGCACUCAUCUGUGCCUGUAUUUGAUCAUGCUUGUCACUGGGCUGAUCCCCAUCGCCCUUCACCGCUUCCCCCAGUUCCCAGAGUACAGGAAGAUUGUAGCCAUUCUUUUUAACGUUGUUCCCGGCAGCCUCAACCCUGUUAUCUAUGGGCUGCAGUCCCAAGAAAUACUCAAGUGUUUGUCAAAACUAUUCCACCUUGGAAGAGUUAAACCAUCAUUUUAA